CAAAUAAAAAGAAAAAAGAAAACACUUUUUUUGGUAUGAAAAAACAAAAACAAAAGACUUGUUGAUAAUCCUCCGUUGAUUCCGCAAAAAUUCUGUUGUGUGAAAGCCGCAUUAAAAUCCUCUAUCCACUAUCUUCCGCAAUCCUCGCAAAAACUGAACAAAGAAACUUUCACAAUACACAGAGAGAGACAAAAACUUUAAGCAAAGCUUUUACAAUCUUGGGUUAUCUUUUUCUAUAACAAUAUCUCAGUGACUGUUUGUAUAUAUAUAUAUAAAUAAAUAAAAAGCCUCAUUUUGCUUCACUGCUUUCAAUUCUUUGAAGCGCUUUUGUCUUCCACUUCCAACUUCUUCUUCUUCCUUCAUUUUCGGAGAUGGGUUUUUUCUGAACUUCAAGAAUUUGACGGGUCGACCCGGGAUGCUAUCUGGGUCGCCGUGGUGGUGGUUGUGGUGGUUGUAGUGGGUGUGGGGGGCAGCGGCGGAGAUGGGUUGCGUGAGCUCCAAGCAGGCGGUUUCCGUGACGCCAGCUGCUUUAGACCACUCGGGCGCUUUCGGGGCGGGGAAUUCGGGUCGGAUUCGGGUCGGGUCUGGAGAGAGCAAUGGAGCAAAGAAGAAGAAGUCCGGUCAUAAGAGUAGUGGUAACAGUUUCAAAAAUGGUGGUGAGUCGGUUGUGGUGGGGUUGGGGCAGAGUGGGAGCGAGUUGGGUGAGUCAGGCAGAACGAGUUCGAAUGGGAACGAGUCGUCACUGAGCUUCAGAUUGGGGAACUUGCAAAAGUAUGUGGAGGGUGAACACGUGGCAGCUGGGUGGCCGGCUUGGCUCAGCGCCGUCGCCGGCGAAGCCAUUCACGGCUGGGUUCCUCUCCGACCUGAUGCCUAUGAAAAACUAGAAAAGAUCGGACAGGGUACAUACAGCAGUGUGUUCCGAGCACGUGACCUGGAAACUGGGAGGAUAGUUGCUCUGAAGAAGGUGCGGUUUGACAAUUUUGAGCCCGAGAGUGUUAGGUUUAUGGCACGAGAAAUUUUGAUUCUACGCAGGCUUGACCAUCCAAACAUUGUAAAACUUGAGGGCUUAAUUACUUCCAGAUUAUCGUGUAGCAUAUACCUUGUGUUCGAGUACAUGGAACAUGAUAUUACUGGGCUCUUAUCUUGCCCUGACAUCAAGUUCAGUGAGUCACAGAUUAAAUGCUACAUGAAGCAGUUGCUAUCUGGGCUUGAUCACUGUCACUCAAGGGGUGUAAUGCAUCGGGACAUUAAAGGAUCAAAUCUUUUGGUAAAUAAUGAAGGAAUUCUGAAGGUGGCUGAUUUUGGACUUGCAAAUUUCUCUAGUUCUGGGCAUAGGCAACCCCUGACAAGUCGGGUUGUCACUUUAUGGUACCGUCCUCCUGAACUUCUACUGGGAUCGACUGAUUAUGGAGCAUCUGUGGAUCUCUGGAGUGUUGGCUGUGUAUUUGCAGAACUAUUACUUGGAAAACCUAUCCUUCAAGGGAGAACAGAGGUUGAACAAUUACACAAAAUUUUCAAGCUUUGCGGAUCCCCACCUGAGGAAUACUGGAAAAGAACCAAACUUCCUCAUGCAACUCUAUUCAAACCACAGCAACCUUAUGAUAGUUGUCUACGGGAGACCUUUAAAGAUUUACCGAAAACCACCACAAGCUUGCUAGAAACCCUUCUUUCCGUAGAACCAUACAAGCGAGGGACAGCCUCCUCUGCUCUUGCAUCUGAGUAUUUCACAACAAAGCCUUAUGCAUGCGAUCCGUCAAGCUUGCCAAUAUACCCACCUAGCAAAGAGAUUGAUGCAAAAAGUCGUGAGGAGGCAAGGAGGAAAAAGAUUGGUGGGAGAGUUCGUGGAUCUGAAAUGACAAGAAAGCCUGCAAGAAAACCCCAUGGAAUCUGUAGAUUGGCACCAGCAGAGGAAAUAGCAAACCAAAGUUACCAAACUCAACAUUCUCAUAAGAUUAAUGUUAGCAAUGGAGAUAUUGUUAAAGAAGUAAACUCCAUGGUAGAUGUGGCAGCACGAAAGCAAUCAAUUGAUAAACUUGAGGACGCUUCCCACGUAAAGAAUGCAUCUCAAGGUGACAUUCCUUUUUCUGUCCCCUUACAAGUAUCUACAUCAAGUGGUUUUGCAUGGGCGAAAAGGAGAAAAGAUGAUGCAUCCAUAAGAUCACACAGUAGGUCUACUUCAAGGGGACACAUUUACAAUAUUGUAGAGCCUACUGCAUUGCAUACAAAGAACAAUUUUGACUCCAAAAGGCAUGAAAAUGGGGAUGUUAUUCACGGGGCCCGCACAAAUUCUAGAGGCCAUGAUUCAUAUGAGAUUGCCAAGCUUGCAAUGCAGAACAAUUGGUGCAAGUUUGAGCGUCCAGAUUCAUUUGACGCAUCUGAUGAGUACCACUCUCAGGAACUAUCAAUGGCACAGUAUCAAAAAGAGGAAAUGGCAGCUAAAAGAAGCAAUAUCGGCUACCGGGAUCAAGGGGACAAGGUUGAGUUUUCUGGACCCUUACUAUCUCAAUCACAUAGAGUUGAUGAACUUCUAGAGAAACACGAACGCCACAUUCGCCGAACAGUGAGAAAAUCGUGGUUCCAAAGAGUGCAGGUAAAAAGCAUGGGAAAUAAUUAUCAGAUAUGCUUUGUGUGAGUGAUUUUGGAAGAGAAUUAUUGUUCUCCAAAAACAAAAUCUGAUUAUUAACAGAAUUCCAUCAUGGAAGAACAUAUUUAUACCACAUUGGCAUAUCCAGUGAACAUGCCAUUAAAUUGUCAGGAAAAUAAAAUAUCCAGCGUGACUCAUGGCCAAUGAAGCUGGAAGCUACAGUAUGAUGCAACUAAUAUUUAGCUCUUAAAAAGACAAAGGAAGUAGAAAACAAGGAGAGGUUGGAAUGACUGGAUUGCUGUCUUCUUUCACUCAGUAAUAGUUAGCGUUUUUUUUAUCAUUCAUUUAAAAUGUAGUGCCUCUAUGUUAUGAUGUAAACCAUCCGGCUAUGUAUAUAUAAAUGGUAAUAGAUUUGAGAAGAGUUCUGUACUGCUGUACAUUUUUUAUGGUUCAUGAGGCUCAAGGCAACAGGCUUACCUUUCUUUGUCA